UCCGGGGCCGGGAUGGCUGCCGGGCCUCGGCGUCGGCUUCCCGGACCAGACAUGGCCGCGGGCCCGGCCCUCGGACUACAAGUCCCAGGAGCGAGCGGGAGGGCGCGGCCGCCGCCCGAGCGGGACACUCCAUGCUGCCCCGCCAUGUGCAGAGGCUGGGCAGAGACUGGAUCACCCACUGGAAUGGCUCCCAGAUCCUCGCCUUGAACAGCCCAGUUUUCAGCUGUAUGAGAUGGGCCGGACACUAUCCUCCCUGGGCCUCUUUUCCACUUCCUAUCCCAGCUGAUUUCUCAGCAAACUGGAGACUCCCUCCAUUUCUCGGACCUUGGAGACAAUUUCAGAACUCUAAUUGGCAUCUUGAUAACUACACGCAAAGUUGUUGCUUUCACCUACCUAACCCCAGUAUGAAACCUGAGGGAGAAGAACCAUUGACAAAGAAGAGAAGACUCAGUGGCCAGCAUGAUACUUCAGCUUCUGAAGACGUCUCUAAUGAAAAGGAAGCAUCGUGUCUUUCUGUAGCACAGAAUGAAGAAAAACAUAGCAGCAAGAAAGGAACCAUCAAAAGACACUGGGAAUAUUUCUGUCAGCAGAGUAGAACAAUGAAAAUCUCUGAAAAUAAAGAAUCUGACCAAAGCAAUAAAGAAAGUGAGGCAACAUUUGACUUUACGGUCAUGUCCUACAAUAUUCUCUCACAGAAUUUGUUGGAAGACAACUCUCACCUGUACAGACACUGCAGGCAACGAUUGUUAUUUUGGACAUACAGAUUUCCCAACAUUCUACAAGAAAUCAAACAGCUGGAUGCAGAUGUGCUCUGUUUACAAGAAGUCCAAGAAGACCACUAUAGAACAGAGAUCAAGUCAAGUUUGGAAUCCCUGGGGUAUCACUGUGAGUAUAAAAUGAGGACAGGCAGAAAACCCGAUGGCUGCGCUAUUUGCUUCAAAACUUCCAAAUUUAGCCUGAUUUCAUCAAACCCCGUGGAAUUCUUUCGCCGUGAUAUUCCACUCUUGGACAGGGACAACGUUGGACUGGUGUUGCUUUUGCAGCCUAGAUUUCACUGUAAAACUAAUGCUGCAAUCUGUGUUGCCAACACACAUCUGCUGUACAACCCCAGGCGAGGGGACAUCAAACUGACCCAGCUGGCAAUGCUCCUGGCAGAGAUCGCGAGUGUCGCCCCUCAGAAGGGUGGUUCCUUCUGCCCAAUUAUCAUCUGUGGUGACUUCAAUUCUGUUCCUGGUUCUCCAUUGUACAGAUUUAUAAAGGAAGGAAAGUUAAAUUAUGAAGGACUUGCUAUAGGGAAGGUCUCUGGACAAGAACAGUUUCCAAGGGGACAAAGAAUCUUAUCUAUCCCUAUUUGGCCAAAAAAAUUAGGUAUUUCACAAAACUGUGUAUAUGAAAUAAAACAGCAACAAAAAGAAGAAAAUGCAGGAGAAAAAUUGGAAGCAGCAAAACUGGACAACACUCAGGAGAUUGUAGUAGCAUCUGAAAAGUUGUCUUCAAAAUUGCGGCACCAUUUUAAAUUGUCUUCAGUCUAUUCUCAUUACCUUCCUGAAACUGGGGUACCAGAAGUAACAACUUGUCAUUCCCGAAGUGCUGUCACUGUGGAUUAUAUUUUCUAUUCUGCAGCAAACGAUGACGCUGCUGCCCAGCCAGGAGCAGAGGAUUCUUUUCAUGGAGGUCUGAAACUUCUUGGCAGGCUGGCACUUCUAACAGAGAAAGAUCUCUGGACUGUUAAUGGUCUUCCCAAUGAAAAUAACUCUUCUGACCACCUGCCAUUGCUAGCAGAGUUCAGGCUUAUUGAACGGUAAUACCCAAAGGACUUUUUGUGUAGGUAAAGUUACCUUCACCUUCUUUCUUUCAUGGGAUGAUUAUUAUUUUUUUUUAAAGGUUAAUUCAAGCACUGCUGGUCCGGUUUAAAUAACUUUGCCUGCAUGCAGAUUUGUUAGUGUUGUGUAAAGUAGACUUUUUAAAGAGACUUUUUUUUUUUUUUUUUAAACGUUCAAAUUGCUUUAUGAAGUCUUUAAGGCAAAAAAGAAAAGAUUUUGGAUUAACUUUCUCUUUGAUAAAGGAAAACAUCUGUGCCAGACUCAAAAUGGCAUUAUUUUUCACGGAGAUGUUGUAAACGUUUUUUAUUGUAAAUCAUAGUAAAAAGGACUGUUCUGAGAACUGUGUGCUUCUUCAAUCAAAGGGGAACGUGUUUGUGUGCCUGUGACAUUCUAUAAUGAGCUGAAAAUAAUGUCUUACUGCAACGGUGCUCUGGACACUUCUGUCUAAACACAUUUGCAAAGGAAUUUGCUUAGAGUGUAGUCAGUGCAGAGGCUGCAAGAUUGAACUUUCAAAGGAAGAAGAUAGCUUUGCAGUAAAGCAAAUAUUUAUGCUUUUGGAAUUUGCUUCUUAAAAUUCUAAAAGCUUAAGUAUGGGCAGCAUUCACUGGAAUCUUUAAAAAAAUAUUUGAAAUAAAACUAACCUUAAUGAGCACACUACCUUACAGGAAACUUAAUUAAUCUAUUCUAG